CUUCGCAGCCGGCUCGCCCCGCCCCCUCGGCCUCUGUCCCACUCGGGUUCAAGCGGCGGUCCCUCUAAGAUGUAAACAAGGCCUCGCGCUCCGACCGUUAAGAGGGAGGGGCAGAGUGUGAGCGUUGGGCCAAGCUGGAGAAUGCCCUGAGCUAUGGGCUCCCGCAGCAGUAGCAACGCUGGCUCGGGGGGCCGGGAGAACCAAGGCAGCUGGUCACGGAGGGACUCGGGCAUCCUGCGCAGCGAAGACGAGGACGACGAGGAUGUGGAUCUGGCCCAGGUACUGGCAUAUCUACUGCGCAGGGGACAGUUUCACCUCAUGCAGGGAGGGGGAACAGCCAGCGCCCGGGUGUUCCAGGCUGUUUCGGAUUCCGACGACGAUACUGACAAUGCUUGGGAAGGACGUUUAGGAGAUCAGUACAAACCCCCAGUGGAUUUGGCACCAGACACCCGGGAUCUGGAGCACAACGAGAUUAAAACCCGCAUCCAGUUAGCAACGGGCCGACUCAGGCCAGGCCGACCCGACCGUAACAUCCCAAAGCUCCUGGGACAGAGGGAACGAGGCCUUUGCCAUAACAGCAGUUUCUCAGCUGGGGAAUGUUCGCAGAUCGUGUCACACUUCCUUCCCAAUCACCUGACCGUCAAGGAUACCUAUUUGCAGAAAGCCUUCUGUGGCAUCUAUUCCCGCGAUGGACAACUUUUUAUGUCUGCUUGUCAAGACCAGCGAAUCCGCUUAUACGACUGCGCCUACGGAGCCUUCCGGAACUUCCGGAGUGUCAAAGCCCGAGACGUCGGCUGGAGUGUCCUGGACGUGGCCUUCACCCCCGACAGGACCCACUUCCUCUACUCCAGCUGGUCGGACUACAUUCACAUCUGCAACAUCUACGGGGAGAGCGAGACCCAGACCGCCCUGGACUUGAGGCCCGAUGAACGCCGUUUUGCCGUCUUUUCCCUGGCGGUCUCCUCGGAUGGGAGAGAAGUGCUCGGCGGGGCCAACUACGGCUGUGUGUACGUCUUUGACAUGGAGCAGAAUAAGCGGACGCUAAAGAUCGAGGCCCACGAAGACGACGUGAACGCCGUCGCUUUCGCCGACAACAGCUCCCACAUCGUCUUCUCGGGAGGCGACGACGCCAUCUGCAAAGUGUGGGACCGGCGCACCAUGCGAGAGGAUGACCCCCAGCCUGUGGGGAUCUUGGCUGGGCACCAGGACGGCAUCACCUUCAUCGACAGCAAGGGAGACGCGCGAUACCUCAUCUCCAACUCCAAGGACCAGACCAUUAAGCUGUGGGACAUGCGCAAAUUCUCGGGCCAGGAGGGCCUUGAAGCAUCCCGGCACGCUGUCACCCAGCAGAUCUGGGAUUAUCGCUGGCAACAGGUACCCAAAAAAGCCCGACGUAAAUCAAAACUUCCAGGUGACACUUCUCUCAUGACCUACCGGGGCCACGGAGUCCUGCACACCCUGAUCCGCUGCCGUUUCUCCCCUCCUCACAGCACGGGACAGCAGUACAUUUACAGCGGCUGCUCCACGGGGCGGGUGGUAGUCUACGAUCUCCUAACCGGCCUCAUUGUGAAGAAACUGAUCAAUCACCAAGCUUGCGUGCGGGACGUGAGUUGGCAUCCCUACGAGGAGAAGAUUGUUAGUAGCUCGUGGGAUGGAAACGUGUGUCUCUGGGAUUAUCAAGCAGAGUACGACGAAGACGAUCUCGGCGACCCCCAGCAGUUCUUAACACCCCGAGAAAAGCACCCCCAGCUGGCCGUCCCCCCACACCAGUAGCCUUUCCCCCCCCCUCGCUUUUUCGCCACCGUUCUCCAGUUUGGGACGUGCUCAGGGGCCGAGAGCGAGGGCGAAAACAACGUCUUGCGUUGGCAAUCGUUUCGAGGAGGGGGUGGGGUUCGCCGGGGCAGGGAGGAAAGGAGCUUCGGACGAACCCACCACCCCUCUCGAAUGAACCGGUCUCCCGUCACCGAAACCUUCCGGCGUCAUCGGCUUUGGGCUACGGAAUAACCAUCCCGCCGUCAGAUCCGAAGGAUAGCGACAAAAAAAAGAAACGGCGAACAACACCGCCGGAUGUCUUGCUCAAGGCUGAGCUCAUUCUGUAUCCUUCCAGAUGAGUUGGACGAAUCCUGAUCGGAGUGGGGACGGCAGCCCAGGAAUACGGGGUCACCGAAAUUCACAUCUGGAGGGGGCUACAGCUGGAAAGCCCAAUAGGCCCUCGGAAGGAAAUCUUCUACUUUUGGGGGAUAUAUAGAAUCAUGACGGGAAAUCACCCCAACAGCAGCCCAGCCGAUUCCUCCCUGCAGAUGGUCUCCGCAACGCCCAGAUUCGUUGCGGGAAAAAAAAGGUGUACUGCACCCACAAUAAUUUUGGGGGGACUCUUUAAGACUCGACCUCCGUCUGGAGCUUUAUCAGGGAAUGUGGGGGGGAAAUACAAAUCUAUAUCCAGCUUUCCUCUGGAUCUGAGCAACGGAGAGGUGAUCCCAAGCGACAAGAUCCCCAAAGAUCCCUCUUGGCGUUCCGAAGAUCCUCGGGGGUUGAUUGAAAUGGCUCCCCCUUCUUUUCUCCGAGGGAUGAUGGCGAGCGCUCGCUGACCCCCAUCCCCACCCCCCAGGAAGCUGGGGAGGAGGGGGGGGUCCUUGCAGGAUAUUUGUCUGGCGCCACGAAAAAGUUGGAGAUUUGUGGCCAGAGGGACAGUUGGAGCUUCCUUCCCAGCUGCCAACCUCUUCCUCUUUCUCCCAGAUGUUGAGGAUGUCUUCUUCGCAUCGGCCCCAUCGCCCUCGGUCAACCCCCCCUCCCCAAAAUAGAGGGACCCCUUUCUUGUCCCUUCUCGAGAAAAGGGUGGACAGGCGUUGCUAUCGUCUUUCGCCUUAAAAGAUGUCCCCAACUUGGCUCUUCCUCGGCUCUCUUUCCAAAAUGCUCACAGGUGGGGGGGGUGUCCUCACCUGCUCUGUAAAUAUUCAUGGUGCAAAGAAGGGGCUUUUGGGGUACCCGAAGAGGAGGAGUUGUUUUUUAAAAAAAUAAUGGAUGGAAGGGACGAGCGAAAAGAGCCACGUGUUAUUUUUAAGCGUGUAAAAGCCGGAGGAAAAAAAAUUCCGUGUUCGUUUCUUCUAGUUGGAGAAGGAGCCUACCCACCCCGUCACAAUCCUUCCCUCGAGGUCCUGCCUUCUGGGGGGGGGGACAGAGGGGAGGGGUCCACGUUGAGGCUCCUUUCCAAAUCUAGGUUUUGUAGAAAAGGGGAGGGUCUUUUCCCCCCCUUUCUCCGUUUCAGGGGCGAUGCAAAACAGCUGUCUUAAAUUGUCUUUAAAAUAAAAGUGGUUGACAUUG